AUGGAGAGGCAUUUGCUACUUUGCCUUCUAAUAACCACUUUGGUGGCUUCCACCAUGGCUGCCGAUGAAGAAGCUCAACAAAGGGCCGCCGACAAAGUCACAAACUUGCCGGGACAACCACCGGGGAGAUUUGAGCACUAUUCUGGCUAUAUUCAACUUCAAACUCCAAAUGAAAAGGCAAUGUUCUACUGGUUCUUUGAAGCUCAAACUGAACCUGCUCUUAAGCCUCUUGUAAUUUGGCUAAAUGGGGGACCUGGCUGCUCAUCAGUGGCCUUUGGAGCUGCACAAGAAAUCGGACCAUUUUUGGUACGAAGGCCAAGCUAUUUUAUAAAUCGACUCACAUUCAAUAAUUACUCUUGGAAUCAAGUUGCAAAUCUUCUAUUCCUGGAGUCACCGGUGAGCGUAGGCUUUUCAUACACCAACAACUCUAAUGAUUUACUUGAGAUCGGUGAUCAAGUUGUAGCCAAUGACACUCUUGCAUUUUUACUUGGAUGGUUCAAAAGGUUUCCCGACUUCAAAUCCAAUGAUUUUUAUAUCAUCGGAGAGAGUUAUGGUGGACACUAUGCUCCUCAACUUGCUGAUCUUAUUUUUGAAACAAACAAAGGAGCUACCCAAGACUCGUUUAUCAAUCUCAAAGGAUUCAUGAUGGGAAAUGCUGUGAUUAACGAUCAAACAGAUACCCUUGGGAUUGUGGAUUAUGCAUGGAGUCACGGAAUCAUAUCAGACAAACUCUACCAAAGCUUAAAGGCAGACUGUGAAGAUUUUAAGCUUCCUCAUACAAGUAGUCGAUGCAACGAUCAACUCAAAGCUUUCUUCGAUGCUUUUUCCGGCAUUGAUAUAUUCAACAUAUACUCUCCUGUUUGCGUCCUUAACUUUUCUGCCACCACCAAUUCUUCAAACCUUGAAGUAAUUAAGUGAAUUACACUUUAAGAGAAUCAUAAAUUUGCAGACUAUCAAUUUGAGAUACCAUCAACGUUUGAUCCAUGUGUAAACAAUUAUGUAAGAAAGUAUUUCAACCAAAAAGAGGUUCAAAGGGCACUUCAUGCCAACGUGACCAAUUUGCCCUAUCCUUACACUUUAUGCAGUUCUCAGCUUACCAAAUGGAUUGACUCUCCGACGACUGUGUUGUCGACCAUUUCGAAGCUCUUAGACGCAGGAAUGCGCAUCUGGACCUAUAGUGGUGACGCGGAUGCAAGAGUACCGGUGACAUCUACAAGAUAUAGUGUAAACAAAUUAGGGUUACCAGUUAUGGAAGAAUGGAGACCGUGGUUUUACAAGCGUCAAGUAGCUGGGUGGGUGGAGACUUAUGAUAAAGGACUCAUCUUGACCACCAUACGCGGUGGAGGGCACCAAGCUGUAUUGUCGGCACGAGAUUGGUCACUUUCUCUGUUCACCCAUUUUCUCUCCAACACUAGCUUGCCAUCUUCCAGUUUCUAAUUUG